GUCUUCCAAUGAAUCGAGUACUUGUUGUUACUCUUUUUAUACAUCAUCUUUGUAUUGUCCCCUUCACUGACUCCGGUGAGGUAAAAGAGCUCCAAUCAACACCCCUGACUUACCCCUCUAUUUCCCCUCCAAAAAAAAGUGCGAUAAGAUAAGCAUUGGGAAGAAAAUUUUAUUUCACACAUGUUUCAUUAAAACUUCUCCCCUGAUUUGUUACCUUCCAGAAGAGGAUUUUCCUAUCAACAACCCAAGUGUACACGAGACCCUUGUCGAAACACUGUGAUUCUAUCGAAAAUUGUGCCACGAUCUUCUCCAAAAUCCUUCGCUGCAAGUCAUUCCAAAUCUAGUCGAAGAUGUCCUCUUCUCCUGUCCCAGCGACCUGCAAGGUCAUCUUGGCUCAAGGAAUUGCUAAAAAGUUGCUUGGAGAGGUUGCGACGGAUCUAGAGAAGUUAACCUUCAAGCCCAAGCUUGUGGGAUUGUUGGCAAAUGAAGAUCCUGCAGCCCAGCAGUAUGCGGACUGGUCAAUGGCCACAUGCAUUGAGAAUGGUUUCGAUUUCGAACUCCGAAAGUUCACCAAGGAAGACAUCGAAGAUGAAAUCCUCAAAGCGAACAACGACGAUUCCAUUCACGGUAUCAUCGUAUACUACCCAAUCUUCCCUGCCCCUUCUCUACAAGAUGGAUAUAUCCAGCAAAUAGUUGCUCUCAACAAAGAUGUGGAAGGAUUGGCGCAUACCUACCGUUUCAACAUGUACCAAAAUAUUCGAUUCCUUGACGCUCCUCACAAUACCCAAAAAUCGAUUUUACCUUGCACACCUUUAGCAGUCGUCAAGGUUCUCGAACACCUACAGAUCUACAACUCAGUUCUCCCAUAUGGCAACCGUUUAUACGGAAAGACGAUCACAGUAUUCAACCGCUCAGAGGUUGUUGGUCGUCCAUUGGCUGCUUUACUUGCAAAUGAUGGUGCUACAGUCUACUCUUGCGAUCUCGACGGCGUAAAGCUCUUUACCCGUGGCAAGGGUAUCAAGAAGAUCCAUCACGAGGUACACGACAUGGAAGGAAUGAAGAAUGAUGAAUGUUUGCCCAAGAGUGAUGUGGUCAUCUCCGGUGUGCCAGGAGAAAAGUUCAAGAUCAACACUGAAUUGAUCAGGGAUGGCGCUGUCUGUAUCAAUUUCUCAUCUCAAAAGAAUUUUGACGGUCCUGCUGUGAAGGAGAAGGCUUCGAUUUAUGUACCUUCCAUUGGAAAAGUUACAAUUGCUGUUUUGUUGAGAAAUCUUUUGAGAUUGGUAGAAAACCAAGGAAAGGGGGCUGCAAAGCCAGUGGAAGAGUUAAACUAAAAUGGAAUUGGGCUAUUAAGGAGGAACCGAAAAAUAGAAUGGCGUUUUUGGAAUAUUUAUACCAAAGAGGAGUUGAAAAUGAUAAAGGAUAGGAUAAAAAUGAUAAAGAAAGUCAUAAUUGAAUUGGAUUUGGUAUUUUUACUUUCGUUUGUCUAACAAUUUUUUUGAUCCAGCGGCAGUGAAUCGAACUUUUCUCGUUUACAUACCUACCUAGGUAGGCACUUCU